AUGCCAUUUCUCUUAGAAAAUAUAAACGGUACAAAGGAGUACCCACAACCUUAUCAUAGGAGGCAAUUGCGAAUGGAAGAAUAUAUUACAACUUUAAACAGAACAUUAAAAAACAGUUAUAUCACAGAAGUUUAUAUUUUAUACACGGCAACUGGACUUAAGAAUUACAUCAAUGAACAGUUAAGCAAUCUUACAGAAAACUAUAAACACAAACUGAAAUUAAUCGAAACCGAAGAGACAAGUAAAGCAAGCGCACUUCUUAAAUUCGCCUAUACACAAUUUCAGAAUGAAAUUGUUAUGAUAAACCAGGCAGAUUGUUAUCCCGGAUAUGGCCUAGACUUGAUUGACAAAAGUAUAAUGUUAAAACAUAAUGCUAUGUUUGCCUUAACAAGGCACGCCCGAGUCGAGAAAAGUCGUAAUAUGACAAAAGAGCCAGCUUCCAUGACUUGUGAUGUAAGACGAUAUAGAGGCUCUCACGAUACAUAUAUUUUUAUUCCACAAGGGAAAAUACCAGAUGCAGCCCUGACAUCAACAAAUUUAAAAACUUUUUACCCUGGUCUUCGAGUUUUCCAACAGAUAACAGAUAAUCUAACCAAACCAAACCAAACCAACGACUACCAUUCGACUACCAAUCAACAAGAAAUACCAUGA